GUAUGUUCUCAAUGAUUCUGAGAAGAUUGCUGAACAGGGAUGUUCAGGAAAUCUCUUUCCUGAAGAAAAUUCUCAAUCUUUUGACAUAGCUCCGGUCGUAGAAGAGACAAAAAUUAGUAUUGUCUCGAUUCCUCCGAUGAUCGAAAACUUUGAACCACUGAAAGAGCACGGGUAUUCCCUUCCUUAUUGGCAAAAUUCGCACCUACAAGAUGAAGUAAAGCAAGAGAUCGAGGAAACGGAAGAAAGAACUGCUGACGCAGACGAAACAAAUGAAAUUCCAAAUUAUGUGAGACCUACUGCAUCAGAAGAUUUCGGAUCUUCCAGAUCAAAUAUAUUAGAGAUCAAAUCAAAGAAAAUUAAAGAAAAGAGGCCACAGAAACCAAAACAGGUCAAAAAAGUACCAAAAGAGAAGCGUGCGAGACGUAAAAGUUCGAUCAAACGUGGAAUAUUCAAUUGCAUGCUGUGCAAUAAGGUUUUUCACACCGGAAAUUCCUUAAGACAGCACAUGACAACAAUCCACUUGAAAACCAGGGAGUGUCAAUGUUCCGUCUGCGGCAAGAAAUUUUCCACAAAAGCCAUGCUACAGCGACAUGAACCAAUUCACGAUAAAAACCGUGCGACAUAUUCAUGCAAAUACUGCAAUAAAACUUUCUUUAAGUCACCGAAGGAACAUAUGUGGCUGAUACACUCCAUUCCACACAAUGUUCAGGACAGAAUCUGCAUUUGCCAAUACUGCAAUGCUACUCUGGAGGACAGACUUGCCUACUACGAACAUCUCAAAUGUCACAGUCUCGAGAAGUACACCUGUCGCUCAUGUUCAAAAGAAUUUUCAUCUUUGGAUCUCUUGGGAGAGCAUGAGGUAACUCAUAUCGAUACCAGACCAUACGUCUGCGAAAUAUGCGCAAAAACUUACAAAAAUAUGAAAUCUCUCAGUAAGCACAUUAAUCUACAUUGUGGGGGUAAGAAAAGGUAUGAAUGCGAUUAUUGUGGCAAAAAGUUUUCCACUUCUUUCAAUCGGAAGUUGCAUGUGAGACUCCAUACCGGAGAAACUCCCUACGAAUGCACCAAGUGUCUGAAACAGUUCCACGACAAGAGAAUAUGUGCUAAACACUUCCUAAAGUGCUCAGGAAAUCCUAACAAGCCUAAUAUGAAAAUUUGAAAACAAAAAAAAAUGAAUUUUUUAAAGUUUAAAUUAAAAUAUUGAAUUUGAAAUAAACUCCAGAAAUAUUUGAUAUUU